AUGUCUUUGAACUUUAGUCCUCCUCCUGAAAGAUCUCUAGUGAGUGACCAAGACAUCCCUGCAGAACUCCUGGAACCCACAAGACUACUCUGCAAAGUUGCUGAAAAAGCUGCUCUUGGUUCAGAAAAAGGCAAAAGGACAAAUAGCAAGUGCAGUUACCAAGACAGAAGUAAGCAGUCUGUUCAACCAGCAGCAUCAACGAGAAGCCGUUUCCAGAAACCAUCACCAAACCUGGGAAGGGCUAUUGGGAAGACACGCAUUUCAGUGUUGGAAAAGAGUGCAGAAGCAAAAGCUGAACUAGCUGAAAAUGAGUGUCCAAACCAGCAGGAUAAUGCAUCUGAGUGCCAUUCAGUUGCUCAAGAAUGGGAAAGACCACCUCCUAAAGUGGAUGAAAACCAGACUGGGCUGGAGUCAGAAAGACUGGUCUGUUCUCCAGGAAGCGCACAACUUGAAGCUGUUCAGCCCCCUGGUGGUGUCUCAGUAUCUGAGAUUAUAGAACAAGAUGAAUCUCACUUAAUCAGUAGAAAGAAAGAAGAAAUCAUCCAACCUUCUUUGUGUCUGGAUCAAUCCUCUCCUCUAGAUCAGGAUAAAACACCUGGUACUAAACCUGCAGUUCUGGUUAGAAGUCGAUUCCAGAGGCCAAAACCCAACUUAAGUAGGGCUGUUGUAAGAAGAGAAGCUUCACAAAAGGAUUCUGUGGAGACAAAGACCGAAGAAGAGAGCCAUGAAGGGAAGAAAUUGGAACAGCUGAAGUGUGAGCCAGAGACACAUUCAUCAAAUGAGGUUGAAGCAGUGCCUUCUUCUGAAGUGAUAAAAGACCAGUCACCAACAAAGAAUGAUGAAGUGGUUUCUACUGCAGAAAUAUUGCAGACCAGCAAGCUGAAAUCCCCAGAAAGGUCUGGAUGUGAAAAUCUGGAAGGGGGAGCAGAAGGCUCACCAUUGUCCAGUGCUCAAGAGGAAGCUUUGGAUGAGUUUGCAAGCCAAAAGCAACAUUCUCAAGAGGAAAAUGUGUCCACUACCGCCAAGCCAGCAACCUUGAUAAGGAGACGGUUUCAGAGGCUGAUACCAAACUUAGGCCGGUCAGCUGGGAAGAGAGGAAGCACCGCAUUAGGAAAGGAUGCUGCCGAAAGUGAAACUGGGCCAACUGUUGCUAAAAAGGAGCAUUCAGAAAAAGUGCUUGAAGUGACAUGUAAAAUACAAGCAGAAUCGUCACAGAACUGUGAUGCAGUCAGCUUGGAUGAAAGUGCUCCCAAGCGAGUUAGAUAUUCAGAUGAUUUAACAUCAAGAAGUGAAAGUCAGGAACGGCAAGCAGAAGAAUGCCAUGCAUUAAUCCCAACAGAGGAACUUUCAGAAGCAUCUGUAAGACACACUGUUAAAGAGUUACCUAAAGAAGAAAGCAAGUGCAGUACAAUCAAACCAGCACAACUUCUGAGGGGCAGAUUGCAGACGGCAAAACCCAACCUGGGAAGGGAAGCUGCAAGAAGAGAAACUCUAGUGUUGGAAAAAAAUGCAGUGGAGAGAAAGACUGAACCAGCAGCUGCUGAGGAAAGCAGUCCUAAAGUGCAGCAGUGCACAUCAGAAAAACAUUCCUCUAUGGAGUGCCCGGUAACAGAUCAGGGCAAGGGAGAAAAAGAACCACUGCCUAGCCUGGAAAUUGAGAAAGUGCUCCCUUCCACAGAAGAAUCUUUGUUAAAUGUACUUCAGUCUCCUGAAAGAACGAGUUAUGAGAGACGGGAAGAGGAAGCUAGCCAGCUUAUCACUGACCAGGAGGAAGUUGCAGAAUGUCCUACUAUAAGUGGUACCAAGUCUGAUGCUGGAGGGGAAAGUAAGCCACCUGCUGUCAAACCAGCACAGCUUCUGAGGACUCGAUUCCAAAAACCAAAACCCAACAUAGGCCGGGCACCAGUGAGGAAGGAUUCAGCAGGGCUUAAGAAGAAUGCUGCAGAAGUGGCUGAGCAGCUCACCUUAGAUGCUGUGGAAAAGAGCGAACUGUGUCACUCAUUUGAACAUGCACAGGAAUGUUUAGAAAUUGGCCAAGGGACUUCUCCAAGACAGAGCACAGAUUCAUUUAGAUUGCAGUCUCUAACAAAAUCCCCCAGUUACCUGCACAGACCACAGGAAACAUCCAAGAUGUCCACUCUGGAUCCAUUAUUGAAGUCACAAGUAUGGUAA